AUGACCUUGGUCUCAAAUGAUCCAAGUUGGUGGCCCUUCAUUGUUUCGACUCGCAUUUCCAGCUAUAUCGUAGUUGCUUCCUCGGCUUUGGUGAUGUAUGAUUGGGCACUGACUUUUGGACAAGAGAUCGAACUGGUCUGGAAGCAACACUGCUCCCUUAUGACCGUCCUUUAUCUGAGUGUGCGCUACGCUGGAAUUUUUCAAGCCGCCGUCCAGUUUCUGACCAAUAUCCCGACGAUUUUUGGGACGGAUGUAGUGAGUUCUCUGCGCUAA